AUGGCAGAGAGAAACCAAUCUCAAUCUCAAUCUUUCGAAAAGCGCGCCGUUGUCUCGUCCUUUAUCUUCAACUUCAAGGAUGGGAGACCGCUCGUAGCGCUGUUCAAACGCAGCGACAAAGUGAGAACAUAUCGUGGCCACCUUGCCCCAAUAUCCGGCAGCAUAACGUCAGAGGACCGCGACCCGCUCGCAACCGCCUGGCGCGAACUCUCCGAGGAAACAGGUCUCACUUCCUCUAAUCUCACGCAUUGGCGCACGGGGAAACCCUUCACAUUCAGCGAACCGUCCGCCGGACGCGAGUGGACUGUGCAUCCAUUCGCCUUUCUAUACAACGCAAACACGCCUAAAGAAUCGACAGCUAAUGAAGAAGAACCGUCCUUCAACAUUGACUGGGAACAUACAGGCUGGGAAUGGCACCCGCUAUCCGCGAUCCUCAAUGAAGAGCUCUCCCCCACCGUGCCCCGCCUGAAGGACAGUUUCCGCCGCGUAUGGUUUGAAGGCGAUCUCCGCAGUGAACGCGCCGGCAAGACCCUUGCCACGGGGCUGGAGCGUCUCCGCAACGACCACGAGAGCGGCUCGCAGGAGCUCACGACCAUCGCGCUGAUGAUCUUCCGCGACUUUCUUGUCCAGACCCAGAACGGGAUGGACGCCCAAUGGUGGGCCAACGUGCGCAUGGCGGCGUGGCACAUGAUCAAGAACGGACGGGAGAGCAUGGGCGCCGCGACGAUGAACGCGCUCGUCGCCGUGCUCGCCGAACUGGACGAUAUCCUGCACCACGAUGAAAACCACAACCACAGCCCCAGCCCCAACGAGCAGAAAUGGGAGCGCAUGCUCGCGGUGCUGGACCACCACCUCGCCAGUCGCAAGAGCCGCGCGACGCAGGUCAAAGACGCCUUCACGCACUACAUCCGGUACCACUUCCUGCACCACGGCGAGCCGCGGGACAAGCUCACGAUCUUGACGGUGUCGGCGAGCUCGACGAUCCGCGACAGCAUCCUGGACGCAUACGCCUCGCUGGACAUCCACCUACUGGAGCUGCGCGUGCUGGAAUCCCGGCCGCUGUUCGAGGGCGCCAGCAUCGCCUCGUCGCUGAUCUCCAACUUCAAGUCGCGAUUCGCGGACACGCCCCACAAGAAUUUGCGGGUGAAAGUGUACACGGACGCGUCGGCCGCCAUCGCCGCCGCGGGCGUGGAUCUGCUGCUGCUCGGGGCGGACCGCCUCUCCGCCACGCGGGGCGUCAGCAACAAGACCGGCUCGCUGCCCGCGGCCCUGUGCACGCGGCACGUCAGCCCGGAGGCCCAGAUCGUCGUCCUCAGCGACCUCGAGAAGAUCAACGGUGCUCCCGGCGUCAUCGACGACGACAAGCACGAGGACAACUCCCCGCUGGAGGUCAUGACCACCUGGCGCAGCGACGGCGUCAAGGGCGUCGGCGUGUUGGAGGAAGGCAUGAAGCAGGACGAGGCAAAGUCCGCCGCCACCGUUGACGUGCAGAACAUCUACUUCGAGUGGGUGCCCCUGCACAUGGUCGAUGCCUUCGUCAGCGAAGAAGGCGUCAUGGACGAGGGCCGCAUCCGUGAGAAGUCCGAACAGCUCGGGAACAAGGUGGACAAGUUCUUCCAUGACUUAUAA